AAAUGGAGAAAGAUAAGUCUUUGACCUCACCUGGUCACGCCUAGUUUGAGUAAAGCCAGUCAAGUACAAAUACGAGAAGGCUUCUCGUCUGAGUCCAUGCCUGCCUUCUCCUCUGCUCCAUUGCUUUGGUGAAGCCAAGAUGAAGUUCACAAUUGUCUUUGCUGGACUUCUUGGUGUCUUCCUGACUCCUGCCUUUGCUAACUAUAAUAUCAACAUCAAUGAUGACGGCAACAGUAAUGGAAGUGGGCAGCAGUCAGUGAGUGUCAACAAUGAACAUAACGUGGCCAAUGUUGACAAUGACAAUGGAUGGAACUCCUGGAAUUCCAUCUGGGAUUACAACAGUAACUUUGCUGCAACUAGAAUCUUUCACAAGAAGGCAUGCGUUGUGCACAGAAUAAACAAAGAUGUCGUGCCCUCUCUUCAAGCCCUUGAGGCACUGGUCAAGGAAAAGAAGCUUCAGGGUAAAGGACCAGGGGGACCACCUCCCAAGAGCCUGAUAUACUCAAUCAACCCCCACAAAGUCAGUGACCUCGACCAGUUUGGACAAUCCAUCUCUGGCAUGUGCAGAGGGGUUCCAACGUACAUGGCGGAGGAGAUGGAAGGGCCAAGCCUGUUUUUUGACUUAGGAGUGUGCUUCAAUGCUAAUAUAUUCUCGAUUCUGAAGAUUUCCUUCUGUGGAGAAAUAGCGUAGAACUAAAAAAAAAAAAAAAAGUCGCUGUGGGUUCAGUCAGCAGAAUAUUCCAUGCAGAAAAAUAUGGGUUCUAAUGGUUUUUAUCAUGUCACUCUGACGUGUUUUCUCCUGGUUAUGUCUGAUUCCUUUAACUUUCAAUAAACCGCUUAGCACUGAA